UUAUUUGUUAUUCGCGAGAACCUGUCUGAAAGUUCCCACUUCUCCAAGUGUGGUAAGGGGCACGGAAGAACGUGACACAAGUCUAUAUCGCUACUAUUCUACAAAACGCUCAGAGAUGCUGAGCUGAUGGGUUUGUUGUGAGCGAAGAUGAAGAGUCACAUAGCCUCGGUGGUGAUAGUCAGCAUCUUCAGUGUAUCGGCCUCUCAAGUUGUUUCAGCUGCUGUCAUUGGAAAGAACUGCACGAAGGUUGCUGACUGUGGCUGGAAGGCUUUCUGUAACACAACCACCUCCCAGUGCUACUGUCCCAGCGGUUAUGUCCUGCACAGCAAUGGCAAAGAUUGCUUGAAUGAAAGCUGCUCUGGUGCGAAAGACUGUCUGGAGUGCUUGUCAGCUGAUGUCUGUAUGAGAUGUGUGAGCUUCAUCUUGAAGGAUACUAGGCUCUGUGUGUCUGUGUGUAAAGGCAAGGCAGAAAUUACAGAAGAGGGGCCUUUCCGUGGCAAUGUCUGCACAGAGACUAAUGACAACACAGAUAUCAUCCCCAUCAUUGCGGGGGUGGCGGCUGCUGUGUUGCUGUGUUUUAUCAUCACCUUGGCUGUGUGCUGCUACAUGAGGAAGACCAGGAAGAAUGUCAAUCUUCAAGAAAAGAAUUAUGAAUCCAGAGAACUUGAAAUGGGCAAAGUGAAACAGUUUCCUGUUUAUGACAACAAAGGAUUUGAGAGUGAGAGCCACCUGAGCCUGCGUCAGAAUGUGAUCAACUCUGACGUGUACCUACAGCAACUGGAGCAGUUGCGGCCACACACAGAAACGCUCAUGAUGGUGCUGAGUCAGAUACGCCGCAAGCUGCGUGGCAUGGAUCAGUCGGACCCCAGAGUGCCGACAUACAAGGGUGUGAUUCAUCAGCUGUGUCGGGUCCUGGUGUUGCUCCACAAGAAGGAUCCUACUGUCAGUAUUCCUUCAGACGCCCUUGGUCUCAUAGAGUGGGCACAGCAGAUGUUGGAGGACCACAGAGAGCAGGAGGAUGAAGAGCAGAACAUAUCAGAGGGUCCCAUCAGUAGAAUCUCGUACAUCGAUGUGGACUUGGAGCACAGGAACUCCCCCGUCUAUGCUACCCCUGUGGGCAAGGGGCAGCCAGGCCAUCCCCUUGGCUCCAGCAACACGUCCGGCUACUACAGCAGUGUCCCAGUGCCCUUGCCGGAGAUGAACAAUAUGGGAUACGCCACCAUCAACCGAACACCCACCAAUCCUACCUUAUAUAGCUCAAAUAAGAAUGUUCUUUCCAAGCCUGGAUCUGUGCAGAAAGUGAACAAUGUGAAAUCUCGGUCCCGUGUUGUUACCAAUGCUGGGUACUUUGCCAAUGGUCGAUACUAUGACCCCAGCCCCCAGCCCGUUGUCUAUGCCCCAGCAAGCUCCUAUAGUGACAGAAGCGCUGGCCCUCUCUCAACAUUCACUGGGGACCUGCACAGAUCAAGAUCAUUUUCAGGAAGUGAUAACUCUAAUUCUGUCAGAGACAAUGAAGAUGAUGAUAAAUUAAGUGAACUUGACCCCUUCCCAUUUGACCCUCGAGAUGCUACAGACCCUGUAGAAGUCUAACAAGGAGUUAUCCCCCUGCUGAAUAUCUUGCUUGUGGAUGGCUGACUGAAGAUGACUACUGGCUCCAAUGUGGAAAUGGCAAUACAUACAUUGUAGCACAAUGCUGACUCGAUAGUGUGAUACAAAAUGCUGACCAUGCAAAUUUUUCAUUCAGUGGGAUACAAAAUGCUGAUUGUACAAAUUGUUCAUUAAGUGACAUACAAAACGCUGACUUUGCAAAUGGCUCAGUGAGGUACCCAAUGCUGAUUGUUACAAAUAAUGCAUGGUUUAUGCAGUACAAGAGAAUUAUUUCAGUUCCUGUCCUUAGAUUAUCAUGCAUGGGUUCAUUCCUCAUAUUUACAUCGGAAACUUCAGCACAUUCUACUCCUAUGUUUACCAACAUGUGUCUUUCUGUUAUGUCCAUAUUAUCAUGUUCAGUGGCAGUGUUUAGCUGUUGUGAUGAAGCCUCUGUGAAUAUGUUGUUCAUCACACUCCAGGCUUAGGCUUGUCAUGCUUUCUCAUGUUGAGAAGAUUUACUCAGCGCUAGGAAUCUGUCUCCAAGUUCACAUGUAGAACCAGUGCAUCUAAAACCAGGGCAUUUGACAUGUUUAGAUCCUUGUGAAGUCGAGAAGGAUCUCUGCUUCUCCGGUCCUGAUGUUGAGCUAAAACAGUCUACAUGAAAUUUAAAAAAGAAAAUUUAAUUUAUGUAGCAUACGUUUUUACCCUUUACACGGAAAAUCACAAAGCUCACUAUGGGUUUAAAACAAUCACUGUCUUAAAAUAUGUAAAUCCAUAUGUUGAUAUUUUUAAUCCUUUUAUGUACACUACAGUCAGAUGGUGUUUGAAUGUUAGAUUGUAGUAUUCUUGAGUAUUUUACUUUUCUGUCGGACUUUUAGGGUCUGGCAAAGCUCACUGUUACAUUUCAACUGAAACUACAUUCCAAAUUAACAUUGUUUGAUGCUCAGAAUAUUUUUAUCAUUAAGUUUUAUAUGCUAAAAGUGUACAAGUUCUAAAUCGCUGUAAGAUGAAGAUGGCCAGGUAGAUGGAACUGCAACUUGUUUCAUGUGUCCUAACUCUUACUCCUGGAAGAUUUUAUGAUCUAUUUUAUUUGCUGAGACUCAACUGCUAUAUUUCUGUGAAGUGCUAUUGAUAGGAAACAGUUUGCAUUACUACACAUCCUUAGAUAUCCAGGGUAUAGGUGUUUUCCCAUUUUGUACAUAUUUAGUUGAGUUUUGGGUUCUUUUUGCAAUGGGGGCGCUGGGGUAGCCUAG